UCUCUUUAAUGUCCGGACGCCCGAAGCGAAAACCCGACGCGGAACAUAUCACGUCUAUGCCUCUCCGGAAGCGACCGCAGGUGACGUCCGAAGAAUGCAUUACUACGACGCAAGUCACCCACGAAACAUCGACGGAAAUUUAUGAGCUCUCUUCCUUCCAUCGUGAUAUUGUUCAUUGGCGUAAGCAUCAUAAGUGGCCCAGUGGACUCCUCCCAGCGGGAUUACCACGAACCUCGCCAGUCUGCACGUACGCAGAUGUUAGUGAACUCUCGAUUCAUGUAUUCGAAGAAAGGGUUUGUUUCUGCUCUCAAGAAGAAAGGUAUGUAUAUGCACAGCUUUCACGGCGCUGAAGAGCAGGGCAUCACAGAAAGCAGCAAAAGCAUCUGCCAAACCCUUCUUGAAGAGCCACAACCCUUACCCACAAACACCAUCUUCGACGACGACAUAUGUCAUUAA